CCUCUCCCUCUCCCUCACUCUACACCUCUAAGCUUACACAACCUCCCUCCCUCCCUUCCUUCCUAGUCACCACAAAUCCAAUUUCGUUUCUCGCCCCACAAGCUUGGGCUUAUUAUAUCUGCAGCGCAUAAACACCAUGGGUGAAAAGGAGGACCUGGGUUUGAGUCUCAGCUUGAACUUCCCCAACAAUCCUCCUAAUCCUCUCCAGCUUAAUCUCCUCCCUUCUUCUACUUCUCUUGCUGCCUCCAAUCUUCACAAACCCUCUUGGAACGAUGCCUUCGCCUCUUCAGAUCGAGAUUUUGAAACAUGCAGAGGCGAAGGUCGAUCUUUCCUGCGAGGAAUCGACGUGAAUCGAUUGCCUUCCGGGGUGGACUGCGAAGAGGAGGCGGGUGUUUCGUCUCCGAACAGCACGAUCUCCAGCGUGAGUGGCAAGAGAAGUGAGAGAGAGCCCAACGGAGAAGAGCACGACGCCGACAGAGACUGUUCUCGAGGAAUCAGCGACGAAGAAGACGCUGAAACCUCCAGGAAGAAGCUGAGGCUUUCAAAAGAUCAAUCCGCUAUUCUCGAGGAAAGCUUUAAAGAGCACAAUACCCUCAAUCCCAAGCAAAAGUUGGCGCUUGCAAAGCAGCUGGGCCUUCGACCAAGACAAGUAGAGGUCUGGUUCCAGAACAGAAGGGCAAGGACCAAGCUGAAGCAAACUGAGGUAGAUUGUGAGUUCUUAAAGAGAUGCUGCGAGAAUCUCACGGAAGAGAACAGGCGGUUGCAGAAGGAAGUUCAGGAGCUUAGAGCACUGAAACUCUCCCCACAGCUGUACAUGCAAAUGACCCCACCCACAACCCUCACCAUGUGCCCGUCAUGUGAGCGGGUCGCCGUGCCGCCCUACGCCGCCGCCGCCGUUGGCAGCAACCGCCCUCACCCGAUGGCCCAAACUCAUGCUCGUCCCAUCCCCGUCGGCCCAUGGGCUCCUGCGGCAGCUCCCAUAGCUCACCGGCCCUUCGAUGUUCUUCACCCGAGAUCAUGAUAGCACGGUGAGGGGCGCUUUGGACAUUUUGGUCAUCGAAGCCCCUUCUCGAACGUGUACGGCCUGGAAAAUGGGGGACACGGUUGUAAUUGGGGACACGGGAGUUAUUUGUAUGUUUAAAGUUGGUGUCUAAGAUAUGGUUGGUGGGAGAAAUGAUUUGGUGGGUCUCGAUUGUUUUGUACCGUUUUGACCCACCACUGUUGGUUUUUUGGGCCAUGGGGGUGUACCUAGCAGCUCUUAAGAUUAGGCUUAGUUUCUAAUACUUUUCAUUUUUGCAUUCCGAAGAGUAAAGGCAGACUUUGUGUAUAUUGCAGCGGUCUAAUAUAAACUUUCAGCUGUUAG